UUCCUCUGUUUUUUUUUUUUCUUUCUUUCUCUCCAUCUUGUUUAUAAUUUUCCGGUCGCCUGUUUGGUUUCUGAUCUCACCUGUUUUUGAGAUUCUAGAGUUUGGAACUUUGUAAACUUCGGGUUGCUGUCGGGUCGGGUAUUGAUCCAAGUGGAAAGUUGGAUAUUCUUGUUAGUUGAAACUUGAAAGGAUGGUUGAGGCUCGGAAACCAUACACAAUCACGAAACAAAGGGAGAAGUGGACACAAGAAGAGCACGAAAAGUUUCUUGAAGCUCUAAAGCUAUACGGCCGAGCAUGGCGACAAAUUGAAGAGCACGUGGGCAACAAAACUGCAGUUCAGCUAAGAAGUCAUGCUCAAAAGUUUUUCUCAAAGGUGGUUCGUGAAUCGGGCAGUGUCGAUGGAACAGAGGUGGAAUCCAUUGAAAUUCCCCCACCUCGUCCAAAGAGGAAACCAACGCACCCUUAUCCUCGUAAAGUAUCACUUCCUACGAAGAAGGAAGCUCAUUCCUCGAGGUCUACUUCUCCUGGUUCAUCAGGGUUAAGUCAUGAAAAGGGGUCUCCUAAAUCACCUGAAUCUAUCCAAAGUUUGAAGCUUUUUGGGCAGACCUUUUUCGUUGUAGACUCUGCCAGCCCAUCUUCUCCAGAUAGCUCACCAAAACUACCAUGGAACUCGAUAGCUACUGAUCAAGAACCAGACUCUACUACUCAUUCGAGUGACCGAAUUGAAACAACGACACAAUGUUCAUCACAAGAGGGUAAAAAUGAUGAACUUGGUAGCAAAGGAGACAAGUAUGCAAAGGGCUUUGUGCCGUACAAAAAUUGGUUAGCAAAUAAGAGUGUUCAUACAUUCAUGUUAACAGAUGAAGAGAGGAAAGACAUUAGAGUAAGUCUUUGCUUGUAAUCUAUUAGUUUUAAGGAUUAAAUAUGGUGUUAAUUUUGUAAUGAAAUUAAGUGUUUGAAACGUGUAAAACUAAUACUACCAGUUUUGUUAAUAGUCCGUUCUGUCGUUGAUGGGGUUGGCUAAUGGAUAAGGCUUAAGGAUUUAAUUAAAGGAAUUGUUAGAAGAAAAAAUGAAUUUUAUUGGAUAAAGGAUUAUUAUCUGGUUGAAUUUAUUUA